AUUGUAAACAUAUCUGUUGUUCCGCUUGUUCCGCCCGCCCGGUAAUCGGGCGCCACUGACGGUAGUCGACUGUGAGAGGUAGUUAUUUUCAUUCACCAAACCUUCAACAACAGCCUUAUAAGUUCCGUACUUGCAUUCUAUCGCUCCCCAAACGUUUACUACAACGGCCGAUAUCGUCGCAUCGUCUACAGUUUUCCCUCAAGAUGCACGGUUGAAAAGCAAACUAUUAAUGUCGGAAAAGUGAAGCCCCCUCCCCCUUAAUAGGGCUAGUGCAAGUGUAGUGCAUGUAAUUUAUCCCGAAUUAACGAUCAAGCUGCAAUCAACCAACCUUCCGUAAUUCCAUUGAGCUGUUCUGUGCAUUGAAUCGCUUUCUGAUAUUUGCUGGUUUAACGCUUUUGUCGUUGAGAAAAUUCUGUAACAGUCCUCACUCCGCGUAUUGCGUCGUUAUGGCACGGUGAAGACGGUGCCACUUGUGAUACCACAUUUUUGAUAACGCAGCAAAGAUAGCGCGCACCUUAUCCGUAUCCGUGCUCCGGCGGCUCCGCGUGGUUCAAUUCGCACUUCGCCGUUUGGCGUGUCGCUCACCGUUGGAGAGAUCAGGCCAUGUCCUUCGUGGGCAUAGGCGCACCACAAGAAGCGGAAAAUUCAAGCUGCACGUUGCUUCGUGCUACAAUCAACCACCACUUGCAGCAGUAGCAGCUAGCAACCCCUUCAAUCAACACCUGUAAAGCGCCGAACAUGACUCGAGGAGGAUGGUACUCGCCACUGAGGUUGUGGCCGGUGCGUGCGCCGGUCGGACCUACCGGCCUGGCGUUACUGCUGAUUCUGGCCUACGUCGGUUCCCUGCUGGCAACUAUGGCCACCCCAACCGGUGGAUCGUCGAAGCUGAUCAUCAACGGUACCAACUGUACGUUAGUGGAGCCAUUAUACAAUGUUUCCUUCGAUUUCCGCGAGCUUAGUUCCGAUCUGCGCCAUCACGUAAUGUCCGAUCGGAAGGAGCAUUUCAUCUUUAAUGUGUGCAACGAUAACCAGCCGGCCGCCUUGCUGGUUCGCCAGACAUCCGGCAGUAAUGUCACCCUCGGCUACAGCGCCAAUCUUCGCCUCGAGGAUGGUCGCAUUCACUUCGGUUUCGAGGGAGAACCGUGCACCGGUGGUGGUACGAACACUACCACCAGUCAGCGGUACACGCUCGAUCUGAUUCUACUGUGCAGCUACGACCGUACCCAGAUUGAGUUGAACGUAAUACCGUACUCACCGGACCAGUGUCACUACUACAUCUUCUGGACGACACCAUAUGCCUGCCUCCCGCUGCCGGAGUCGCUCCGCGACGCACACUGCACCGUCCGCAAUCCGACCGAUUCGCAGCAUACGUUCAACCUGAGCCCGCUGGCCAAUGUCAACCAUCAGCUGUCGGACGGGCGUGGGUCCCACUUUCUCGUGUCCGUCUGCAAACCCCUACACUACGGCCAUCUAGCCAUGUGCCCACCGGGCAGCGGAGUGUGCUUUGUGAACGGGUCCGCAACAGACGUGCGCCACCGAUACAUCGAUUACGGGCAGAUGGUGGCGAACCCAACGAUCGACACAGCCACCGGACAGCUGAUGAUGCAGCUCAACUCAUCGACCGAGCGAUGCGAUAAUUCGCGCAUAGUUUUCGAGUGUGCGCCGGGGAACGUGCCGGGCCAAGAUGAGGGUCCGCAGUACAUCGGCAAGGAUAAUUGUACGCACGAGUUUCGUUGGCGAACCGCACUGGCGUGCAACCGGACACCCCGUCCUUGUACGGUUGAGAAUCCCAUCACGGGUACCGUCUACGAUCUGGAACCGCUCGCUAACCGGGUGUAUAAUCUGACGGAAGGCAACCGAAACUAUCAGGUCGCUGUGUGUCAGAUGCCCGAGACGAUUACUCGCUGCCCACCCGGUUCGGGUUCGUGUGAGAUCGUUGGGUCACAGUCGGAUAGCUACGGAGAUGUGAACUCAUUGCUGCAGCACACCACCACCGGGGCCCCUUUUCUGCUCUACGAAUCCGGAGCGUUAUGCCGUGAUGGGCGGCGCUGGAAAACGAAGCUUGAGUUUAUCUGUGAAACAGAUCGUGACCAUCCCACUGCCGGGGGGAUGAUGGUGGCUCCGCGAGUCGUCGAAAGCGGGGACGCCGCUGACUGUCAACUGGUGGUACAAUUCGAAACGGUACUCGUCUGUGAACCGCCAAUGCAGUGCCGGGCGUUCAAUCGCACCGCCGAUGACUGGGUCGAUCUGACGCCGCUAGUCAAGAGCGUCGGCAACUACGAGGUACAGGGAGCCGGUCGUCGAUUUCUGCUGAACGUUUGCCGGCCCUUGGUACCACAGUACGGGCUAAGCUGCCGGGGUGGAGCCGCUGCCUGUGCUGCCGACUUUGACGGAACGACGUACCGGAACGAGACAACCCUCGGAUUCCCGGAUGUUUCGCUGACGGUGGCGGAAGAUACGGUGUUGCUGCGAUAUUUGCGGGGCGACAGGUGCCCGAGCGAUCCACACGCGAACGCUUCCUCUACGAUUACCUUCCGUUGCCGGCUGGGCCCGACCGGGUUUGGCCAUCCGGUUCUGACACACAUUGAAGCGGACUGCCAUCAUCGGUUCGAUUGGAAUACGAGCGUUGUAUGUCCGGGGUCGGCCAACGAUGUCCGGUUCGAUCGUACAGAAUGUAGUCUCAUCAAUGUGGCCACCGGUAGCCUGCCGUUGCACCUGAACCAGAUUAUGGUUGCGAAUGGCAAUGGGACGGGAUCCCAGAAUGCACAGUUUGUACCGGAGGCACUGUGCAACGGUGGCACAUCACCUCGUACGUGGGUAGACUAUGGUACGGCCACCCUGCAGGUGCAGUUCAACAUUGCUAGUAACGCCACUUGUGAAACCGCCACUACUAAAGGAACGAAGAGCUACAACCUGACACUUGUCUGCGGCAACGUCGAUGCUGCAAUGGAAACUAUAAUGGAUUCCGAGUGUCAGGUAAGCUGGCGGGUGCAAACCAAGGCGGUAUGUGGGCUGGUAGGACGGGAGGCUCCAACGAUCAACGAGGAGGUGACGGUGGAACCCCUCCUACCACCUGACCAGAGCCCGGACACUGGCACCACAGUGCAGCAUCCAACGGUGACUCCAACACCAGCAGCGGCAGCCCACCCUAGUGGCGAGGGGGGUGCUGCUGGUGGCCACGCACUCGGUAUCGUGCUGAUCUCGCUGGGUGUGUGCCUGGUGGUGGUGUCCGCGGUCCACACGUAUCUGGUGUGGCGCAAACCGGAGUACCGUCGCCGGUCCGGACCGGCGCUGGUCGCAUUCCUGACGUGUCGCCACCUCCGGGGCCAGUCUGAGCGGAACCACGAGUACCGGGGCACUGCUUACACGCGGGUUGAUAACAACGAGGUAUCGAGCCUGCUGCUGAACGCAGCCGACGUUUCCAACGACACCGAUGAUGAUAUGCUGAUUUGAAACAACAAAAACAACCUAGUCCGUGUGUACUUAGUGCUUAGUUACUUAAGCCGUAUAGUGAAGUUCCUUAAAGCCCGCGUACCAAAAAAGAAUGGCCCCAAUCGUUCUGAGCAGCAGUAGGAGGAGCAGUAGGAGAAGCGACAAACGAGAGGGCAGACCGUCGUUAAUAGUUGUGAUCACUGGAUGCUGCUGGAUGAGUACGGCCAGAAGUUAGUCAGAGGAGAGAAAACAAAAACCAGAUGAGGUGAGAAGCAGAAAAAGGAUACACACGCUCGAGGGCAUGGAAAAAAAACAGUCCAUCCAUUCGUCCCGCGUAAAGUGUUGUGUGCGGAUUUGGGUUGUGUCUUUGUUUUAGUCAAUAAAAUGCAUCUUAAUAAUGGA